CUCGUGCAAUUACUUUGUGUAUACUUUCUCAGUUGGCUCCUUAUAAAAGAAAGACCUGCACAUUUAUGGUUAUAGUGUAAUAAUUUCUUUCAACUACUACUUGUCUUAAAACUUCUCAGUCCUUGAAAUUUUUUGCCAAAAAUAAGUGAAAAUGAUGGAUCAGAAGACCAACUCCACGACGAGUCUCAUACGAACAAAGUCCGACCAACUGGUGGAGACAAUGGCGGCUGCGCUGGCGGCGAUGAAGUCCCCGUUGUCAUCCGGCGAUGCGGCUGCCAGCAGCGGCGGCCUGGAGAGCAGCGGCAAUCUGUCCAGGAUGUCCAGCCGGAGGCUGGCGGCGGCCUCCCCGGGGCGGAGCAGCGGCAGCGUCGGGAAGAACACUCACAUCCGCAAGUCGAGAAGUGCUCAGAUGAAAUUCGACCUCGAUGAUUUGAACAGCGGCGCCGCCUUGAGCAGAGCUUCCAGCGCCAGCCUGGGCUUCUCCUUCUCCUUCACUGGAUUCACCGUUCCGCCAGACGAGAUCGCCGAUUUGAAGCCAUUCAGCGACGAUGAAAUCCCAGCUGAAGAUCUUGAGGCAGGCAGGCAAAAGAAGAAACUUCACUCAGAGCCUACUCUGCCGAUCUACCUCAAGUUCACAGAUGUUACAUACAAGGUGGUUCUGAGAGGCAUGACAUCAACAGUGGAGAGAGACAUUUUAAAUGGAAUUACAGGUUCUGUUGAUCCGGGAGAAGUUCUAGCGCUGAUGGGACCGUCAGGAAGCGGAAAGACUACAUUACUGAGUAUUCUUGGAGGGAGAGUAAGAGAACCAGCUCCUGGCGGCUCAAUAACUUAUAACGAUCAACCAUAUUCAAAGUGCCUAAAGAGCAGGAUAGGAUUCGUGACACAAGACGAUGUUCUAUUUCCUCACCUUACAGUGAAAGAAACGUUAUCGUAUGCUGCUCGUCUACGACUUCCAAGGACAUUAACAAAAGAGGAAAAGGAUCAAAGAGCCACAGAUGUCAUAUGUGAGCUGGGAUUAGAGAGGUGCCAGGACACCAUGAUAGGUGGCUCAUUUGUCAGAGGAGUUUCGGGUGGAGAGAGGAAGCGUGUAUGUAUCGGGAACGAGAUAAUAAUCAAUCCAUCCCUCUUGUUCCUCGAUGAGCCAACCUCUGGCCUGGAUUCUACGACUGCUUUAAGGAUAGUAGACACAUUACAUGAAAUAGCUGAGGCUGGGAAAACGGUGAUAACAACAAUCCACCAGCCAUCCAGCAGACUCUUCCUUAAGUUUGACAAGCUUAUUCUUCUUGGCAAAGGGAGCCUGCUAUACUAUGGAAAGGCAUCAGAAGCAAUGGUCUACUUUUCAUCGAUAGGAUGUUCCCCUCUUAUUGCAAUGAACCCUGCAGAAUUCAUGCUUGAUCUCGCAAACGGAAAUGUAACAGACAUUUCUGUCCCAUCAGAAUUGGAGGACAAAGUGCAAAUGGGGGACCCUGAAGCAGAAAUAAAGAAUGGAAAACCAGCUCCAGCAGUUGUGCAUGAGUAUCUUGUGGAGACCUAUGAGACACGGGUUGCUGAAAUCGAGAAGAAGAAAAUUAUGAACCCGAUACCUGUUGACGAAGAAAUUAAGUCUAAGGUAUGUUCUACCAAGAGAGAAUGGGGAGCGAGCUGGUGUGAGCAAUAUUCCAUACUGUUCCGGAGAGGACUUAAAGAACGGAGACAUGACUAUUUUAGCUGGUUGAGGAUCACUCAAGUUCUUGCAACGGCAACUAUUUUAGGAUUGCUUUGGUGGCAAUCUGGCAGUGAUAACCCCAACGAACUGCAAGAUCAGGCAGGGUUACUGUUCUUCAUUGCUGUUUUCUGGGGCUUUUUUCCAGUCUUCACAGCCAUCUUUACAUUCCCCCAAGAAAGAGCCAUGCUGAGCAAGGAACGGGCAGCCGACAUGUAUAGAUUAAGUGCAUAUUUUGUGGCAAGAACCACAAGCGAUCUUCCGUUAGACCUAAUAUUACCAGUACUUUUUCUUCUAGUCGUUUACUUUAUGGCAGGCUUAAGAAUGAACGCUGGUUCCUUCUUCCUCACCAUAGUGACAGUUUUCCUCUGCAUUAUAGCAGCUCAGGGUCUGGGGCUAGCUAUUGGUGCUACACUGAUGGAUCUGAAGAAGGCGACAACUCUGGCCUCUGUCACAGUAAUGACAUUCAUGUUAGCCGGGGGAUACUUUGUGAAGAAUGUCCCUGUGUUCAUAUCAUGGCUUCGCUAUCUCUCAUUUAACUACCACACCUACAAACUUCUCCUGAAAGUGCAGUACGAACACAUAAGCCACUCAAUCAAUGGGGUCCGAAUAGAUAAUGGUUACAAGGAAGUGGGAGUGUUAGCAACCAUGGUCGUUGGCUACAGACUCCUCGCAUACCUAUCUUUACGAAGGAUGAAGCUCCAUCCAGGAGCUUAGAUGUCCUGGAAGCCAUUGAGAAACCAGCUUCUGAUUUCAUGGCCUUUUAUGAGCUAUACCUUGAAGCAUAUGAAGAGACCUUACCUCUAAGUGAGGUUGUAAGUUCAAUAUUUGACAAAAAUCAGCACAGAGAUUUCUCAUGGAGUUCUCUAGGAUAUUUUUGCAUGAUUUGUUCAAAAUCAUGUUCCAGCAAGUUCUGAAAAGUUCAGGCAGCGAGCAGAACAUCAAGUUUUUCCUAAUAAUUUCUUACGCUAUAUUAGUUCUUGGAUGUAGUGCAAAAAAUAGUAAGGAAAUAUGUUUUCCUCACUUAAAUUACAGUACCUUGUUGAUUCUGA